CCUGCCACCGGCGAGCAAAGUCCGCGAGGAAAUCGAUUAGGCAAUUGUUUCAGAGAGAAAGAGAGAGAAUUCUCAAUGUGUAAUUAUAGCCUAAAUAUGUAACGGUAUGACAUAUUGAGGUUACGUUCCGAUAUUUACUGUGUAUAUAUAGCUAUUUGUCUAAGGUCCUAGAAGGAAUAGAUACUGAAAACAUAGGUACACAAUAUGUACCUAUGUUUGUAUAUAUGUAUAUAGAAAUUUAUGUAUCCUAGGUAUUCAAUGUAUGUAGUAUUUUGGCUUUAUUUUCUAUACGCAUGUACGUUCGUGGUCAGAUAGGUUGUCCAUCGUUUAUGAUAAGGUUUGGAACGCAGUUUAUUUAUGUCAGAAAUUAUAGUUUCUGCUCACGAAAUACUCAUAUGUAUAAUUUCACGGAUAUUUGUAUGUAUCAUUCUUUUUCUCUAAUAAUGCGUCACUGUACAUAUCUGUGAAAGAAAGUUAUAACCUCUCGCAUGAUAAACUGCGUUCCGAAACUUGUCAUAAGAAGUUGGACAACAUUUCCGACCAUAACUGCACAAAUUAACAAUAAUAAACUUACACAUUCGAGGUAGUAGAGUAUAAUAAUAAUGUUACAUGGAACUGAUAAAGUGCCAGCUAUCAUCACGGAUUACAAAGAGUAUAACACAGAUACGGCGGUACACUUCAUAGUAAUACUGAACCGAGACAAAUUAGUGGAGUUAGAAAGAAAAGAUCUUCAUAAAGUAUUCAAACUUCAGACAACGAUGACUAUAACAUCUAUGGUAAGUUACUAGAAAUAUUGAUACGGUGCGUACACCGACGGUGGCGGCGGCGCACAGUGGGGCCAAAUCCCAAAAAGCUGGCCAAAAAUCGAAAAGUGAUCCAAUUUGGAUGUAACUCAAUAUAUAAGGGUUUUUGAGGUCGCUGAUCACGAAUCUGAA